GUAUCACGCCAAGACCCGGCAGCAGCAGAAAUAGAGUUUUCCCGUGAACUCGGCGGGAAAAAAAAGAUAGGCGGCAUCAAACGGCCUUCAACCACCACAAACCUAGCUAUAUAUGUUUCGACCUCUCCCUGGAACUCUUCUCUCUCGUGCAGAGGCCCUCUGGUUCUGAUAUCACACAUAGGGGCAAAGGCCAUACUUGUUCCUUGAACUUUUUUUUCAGAUUUCCCUUUCAAGUCUGCGGCAAAGUGUGAGAGACCGAGCCUACUUACUAUAGCUACUCACAAAAUGGCGACGAAUUCUAUCAAGCUCUUGACGGGCAAUAGCCAUCCUGAGCUUGCUCAGCUCGUUGCGGAUAGACUUGGUAUUGAAUUGACCAGGGUUAUGGUCCUACAAUAUUCCAAUCAGGAGACUAGCGUGACGAUUGGGGAGAGUGUGAGAGAUGAAGACGUGUUCAUUCUACAAUCCACCCGUCCAAAUGAUAUCAAUGACGGACUCAUGGAACUCCUCAUCAUGAUUAAUGCCUGCAAAACUGCCUCUGCGAGACGAAUCACAGCCGUAAUCCCCAAUUUCCCCUACGCCCGCCAGGAUAAGAAAGACAAGAGCCGUGCACCAAUCACUGCAAAGCUUAUGGCAAACAUGCUACAGACAGCAGGCUGCAACCACGUCAUCACCAUGGACCUCCACGCAAGUCAGAUUCAAGGUUUUUUCAACGUGCCUGUAGACAACCUCUAUGCAGAGCCAAGUAUGCUACGAUGGAUCCGACAGAAUCUCAACGUUGCCAACUGCGUAAUCGUCUCUCCUGAUGCCGGCGGUGCAAAGCGCGCCACUGCCAUCGCUGACCGUCUCGAUCUCCAAUUCGCGCUCAUCCACAAGGAGCGCGCAAGGCCCAACGAGGUCUCACGCAUGGUCCUAGUCGGCAACGUCAAGGAUAAAAUCGCCAUCAUCGUCGAUGACAUGGCUGAUACCUGCGGCACGCUUGUGAAAGCAGCCAGCACGAUAAUGGAGCAUGGUGCCAAGGAAGUCGUUGCAAUUGUCACACACGGCAUCCUAAGCGGCAAGGCGAUCGAGACCCUCAAUAACAGCCAACUGACGCGUAUUGUGGUUACUAACACUGUUCCGCAUCAGGAGAAGAAGGAACAGUGCGAUCGCUUGGAGACCAUCGAUAUUAGCCCGACGCUUGCUGAGGCAUGCCGGAGAACGCACAACGGCGAGUCUGUUAGCUUUUUGUUUUCGCAUGCAGUGUCAUAGCACCCCUUUCCCAUGGCUUUUGGUUGGUUUGGUUGGUCAUUCUUUUUGAGGGUUUACUUUUGUCAUGUUGGUGUUAUCUAUUGCUUCUUUUUAUUUAUUUUUCCAGUAAUACUUCCCACUGUUAAUAUAUGCCCACCUGAGUUAUGUUGAUAAUUACGGCAUCAGCCACAACAGCAGCCAGAUCAGCGCUCACAGAACAACAUAAGCAGGCGUUUUUUAUGUUAUACGCACUUUUCUUGUUUUUGUUUCUUCAUUUCCCGCUGGGCCUACGAGUGGUGGCGGACAUCCUGUCUUUCUGUUCCAUAUUUCAGCCGUCCACCCCUUCCCACCCAACAACCACGAAUACCCACAGCAUCUCAUGAAGUCCAUUGGUUCCCCUUUGAUGCCUCAAGGACGCCCGUACGAUAUAUCAUAGCAAUUAUACUGCCCCACAAAAAAGGACAUGACCACAAUAUCUCAAUUAAAAUGGACUAUGGGAAAAGGAAUGAAUACGAAUAACUCAAGUCACGAAGUAGCGAACCGGCGCCUUUUGAGCUCUGAGGCUUUUCCGAAAGAUGCAAGCUUACGGAACCUAUGGAAUCAGCGGAAAAGCCGUUUACAGACCAUGGUAACGGAUUAGUUGGGCCAUAAUAUGAUUUAUAUAUUACUAGAAUGAGUUGCGCGGGCAACCUAGAUCAUAGAGAUCAGAAAGCAAGAGCUUGAUGAAGAACAAGCUUCAUCUAACAACAACCUCUUCACAACCGGAUAGCAAAUCAUCCCUCCACACAACAUUAAUAUAUUUUAAUGAUUUCAUCAAAAAAAUGCUUUCGACACUGAUUUUCGUCAUAUAUUGACUUCAUUUCUCUCUAUUUCUACUCCUACAUCUAACUUGUCUUUGUUGCCAAGUUCGAAACUCCUACUCAUGAUACCACACCCGGAUGUCUUGCACUAGCCAGGGCCAGAAUGCCUAGGUAUCUCCCAGCCAGAAUAUGAGCGUUCCCAGAAAGUUCACGAGUCUCUGACACUGGAUUCCUGCUACCCACUCUAUCGAGAUUUGACAUCUGGUAAAAUCGCGAAAAGGCGGACGCCUUAAAAAAGUACAUUGGCAAUGAUGGCCGUAUAGUGUAGUUUUAUGUAGUAACAGUGAUCUCCUUUUCUUUCGCUUCCAAUAGUUGAAAUUUCCGGAUUGAUUUUGGCUCCGUAAGCUCUGCCUCGCGUUGGUAGGAAAGGGAGCUGUAAACAGUGUAACACCGUGCAAUUCGGUUAGAUGUGUUCAAGCGUGCCACAACGAAGAUGCGGUAUGCAUAUGUGGAACGGGCGCUUUCCAGGAUGUCG